AUGUCCGGAGACGACGACGAGAGCCGUGGCGACGGCGACCAGGAAGUAGACUUGCAGCACGUUCCGAAUGCCCGCCCGAACUUCCAUCUUGAUCUCGACGAUGAUGCCUUCGAAGACCGGGACGACGAUGCGGAAUACACAUUCUCCCCAGAAGAAGUCCGUGCACAGCUUGCGCGAAACCUAGCUCUAUCGGAGGAACCCGAGAGUGCGGACGAUGAUGUGACCGAAAUGCACCUCCAGUCUCCUGAACCUGAACUGGAAGAAACGACCAUUUCGCUGGAAAGGCACUUGUCUGUGAACUCAGAUACACCUUCUUCGCGUCAAUCCUCGACAAUGUUUGAUGAUAUACCGCUGGGCGGUGAAUCCAGUCACGAAGAGGACAACCAAGAGGAGGAUACAUAUGUUCCUACAGAGAUCGAAGUGGACUUGGACGAACCCGGUACGAACGGUGACCUACGCACGCCACGGGACCCAACUCGCGGCUUUCGCUCCGAAGUGGGCGCGCCACCUGAGGACGGGGACGAUGUAGACGUCGCGGACUUCGGCGCGCCACAAGAGCGGAUCGUGCCUCCAGACGUUCACGUAUCCCCCGCAACCUCCCCUCCGCCAGUGCCUCCGCCAGAAACGCCAUCAACGUCCCGAUACUCGGAGGAGGUACCGUCGACAUCAACAUCACUUUCGGCGGCUGCUACGGCCUCGACUUCGGCCGUAUCGCUCCCUGCGAUCCCGUCCAGCGCACCGGUCUCCCGUUCCGACAGCUCUUCAAGACGGGCGCAUCGCUCGACGCGCAGCGCUCAGGGUCCCAGCAUCUUUGAGCAAGUCGUGUCGAAAACUCGCCCGUCUUUCCUUCCUCCCAAACCUAAGAAGGAGGAUGUCAAACAUAUGCAUGAUUGGGAGACCAUGAUGCGUCAAUCUCGUGCUGCGGAGGAGAAGCGGAGGAGAGCUGCACAAGAGCGCCGAUUAGCUCGAGAAGCUAAGGUCGAACAGUCGCUACACGUAUGGGAGAAGGAAGUCGUCCCGAACUGGGCGAAAGUACGGGAGAAUCCGCGUCUGCGAUCUAUGUGGUGGUCGGGCAUACCGACUAAACUACGGUCUACGAUGUGGGAACGGGCUGUUGGCAACGCUCUGGCUCUAUCAAAAGAUAGCUAUCGCAUCUGUCUGUCUAGAGCAAAACGCGCUAUUGCUGCGGGAACAUUCCCCACUACGACCCUCGGGCUCAUCGACGAGGACGUCAGAUCAACAUUACCCUCAUUACAUAUCUUCCAUCCUGAAACCGGUCCACUAUACGAGGAUCUGAAGGACAUGCUCUGUGCUUGGGUGGUAUCACGUUCGGACGAAGGGCUGGGUUAUGCCAAGGGCAUCGCGCGACUGGCGGGCAUGAUCAUCUUGAACAUGGCCGCGCCCCAGGGCUUCAUCAUGCUCCGCAACCUCCUGGAGCGCCAUUGCAUGCGUGCGUUCUACGGUUUACCGAAUAGCAAGGACGACGUUGACGCCUAUUAUAGGAUUUUCGACACGUUACUCGCGGAUGGCAUGCCGAAGAUCUACUUCAACUUCAAGCAACAUCAAAUCUCUCCGGCGGCAUAUCUACCUGACUGGAUACUCCCUCUCUUCCUGGACCACCUCCCGUUUGAGGCGUGCGCAAGGCUGUGGGACGUGAUACUGCUUGAAGGAGACAGCUUCGUAUACCGAGCGUGCUUAGCCAUGCUGGCCGUACUUGAGCCAAGGCUAUUCUUCCCCGACAGGCAAGAGCUCCUUGAGCUGCUCAAAGGCGAGAAUAAGGCCGCGAUCGAGGUAGCGCGCCGCGACGGCGUGCCGUUGGACGGCGGCAGGUAUGAGAUAUACGGUGUCGAUGAGGAGGCUUUGUGGGACCGCAUUGCGGGUAUGGACGAGUGGUGGAGAGAUAGCACCUGGCAACGACUGUUGCAGCGCGAGCUCCCGGAUUUGUAG